AUGAGUGUCUCAACCUUCGAUUUCACCGUGGUCAGCAGCACCCUCAUCGAAGCCACCGAAUCUGUCCCCCGACACUGCCGCAUAGACGGCCUCAUCCCUACCGAAAUACGUUUCGAAGUAAAUCUACCGCUGGCAUGGAAUGGCCGCCUCUACAUGUAUGGCAACGGUGGACUGGCCGGCACCCCAGCGGAUGACCCGGCACGCCGCUAUGCCGCCGGUCAGGCUUUGGCCCAUGGAUUUGCAACCGCGUACACGGAUACGGGCCACGACAAACGUGUGCAGCCCGGCGGUACAUUUGCGCACAAUAACUUUCACAAACUGGUGGAUUACGGCUUUCGUGCUGUGCACCUGACCGCAGUUUCAGCCAAAACUCUGGCUACUCACCUGUACGGCAAAGCACCGGCGUACAGUUAUUUCAACGGCUGCUCAACUGGUGGCCGUCAGGCAUUGAUGAGUGCACAGCGUUUUCCUCAGGAUUUCGACGGCAUUAUUGCCGGUGCGCCUGCGGCAGACUAUUCCGGCCUGAAAUUUUCUCAAGCCUGGCGCGUGUCUGCGAUCAGCAGAUCUGGCCUCACUGAAACCGAAGCACUGGUGCUCGCCGGUCAUAUCUACGCAGCCUGCGACGACCUCGACGGCACUAAAGACGGUUUGAUCUCGGACCCCAGGCGCUGCGACUUCGAUGUCGACCGGGACCUGCCACAUUGUGAAGGUGCAGAUACCGACGCCUGUUUUGAUCAAGCUGAACGCGAGGCCCUGAAGCAGUAUUACGCGCCGGUAAUGCUUGCUGGAGAGGAAGUUUAUCCAGCCAUGCCAGUGGGCAGCGAAGUGCUGGGCGCCACCUAUACACAGGAAUUACGUUCCGGCUGGUUCCCCUGGUUACUUAACGACAAUGGUCCUGUGCUGCUUGACCUGCUGGGCUCCGAUUUCUUUCGUUACAUGACUUUUAUCGAAGACCAACCAGAUUACGACUGGACGCAAUUCGACUUUGCCGAACGCCCGGAUGGUCUUGACGGGUUUUCAGCCAUAGUUGACGCCGUGGAUCCUGAUCUGAGCCGCUUUAAGAAUCGAGGCGGCAAACUGUUGAGCUAUUUUGGCUGGGCGGACCCGGACAUAAACCCGCUGACGCUGCUGGCCUACCGGGCAGAGGUGGCAGCCCUGAACACCGAUGUCGAUAGUUUCUUCCGUACCUUCAUGAUGCCGGGCAUGUUCCAUUGUCGCGGCGGCGCAGGACCGGAUCGUUUUGACGCCAUCACGCCGCUGAUCGAUUGGGUUGAACAUGGCGUCGCACCAGAAGAGUUAGCUACCUGGCAGGUCGACAGUAACGGCGAGCGCCACAAUGUCCGCCCAAGCUGUGUUUAUCCCCGGGAAGCAUUGAAUGAUGCCGAAUCACACCUGGUUUGCAGCCUACCCAAGCAGGGGAGACGCGUCAUGCGCCUGAUCAGCUUGGUUUUGCUUUUAAGCGCCACUAUUUCAACCUCCGCGAUAGCCGAGGGCUCUGCCACUGUAGAAUACACCGCCCUGAAAAAUCUAAGCCACGGCUUUGCGGACAACAACGGCGUCAAAAUUCACUAUGCCAGCGUCGGCGAAGGCCCUCUCGUCGUGAUGAUUCACGGCUUCCCGGAUUUCUGGUAUUCCUGGCGCGACCAGAUGGCUGGCUUACAGGACAACUACCAGGUUGUUGCCAUUGAUCAGCGCGGUUACAACAAGAGUGGGCAACCCGAAGGUGUCGAGCAAUAUGCAAUGCCGCUGCUGAUCAGCGAUGUUGCUGCGGUUAUCCAGCACCUUGGACGCGACAGCGCAACUAUCGUCGGCCAUGACUGGGGUGGCGCCGUAGCAUGGCAGUUCGCAUUUUACAUGCCUCAGAUGACCGAGCGCCUGGUCAUAUUGAACCUGCCCCAUCCCAUGGGUAUGGCCAGAGAGAUGGCCAACAACCCCGAGCAGCGGGAAAAUUCAGACUAUGCACGUAAGUUCCGCGAGGGUUCACCCAGCGAUCCAGACAUCAUGUUUGGCGGCCCGAUGAACCCCACCACCCUCGCCGGCUGGGUCAGCGAUCCGGCUGCAAAACCCAUUUACGAAGCUGCGUUCGCGCGUUCAAGCUUUGCUGGCAUGCUGAACUUUUACAAAGCCAAUUACCCUGCACCUCCGGCGCCAGGCACCCCGCCACCAGCGCCACCACCACGAUUGAAAAUGCCGGUAUUGGUUUUUCACGGGUUGAAGGAUACCGCGCUUCAUUCUGAUGGCCUCAACAACACCUGGGAUUGGAUCGAUGCAGACCUCACCAUCGUCACAGCACCUGAGGCCGGCCACUUCGUGCAACAGGACGCAUCCGAUCUGGUGACCACCACCAUGCGCUGGUGGCUCGACGCACGCAUUUUAGGCGGCGGUAUCGGCGCCCGUGUCAACAUCAACCUCGACGCUAUCCGGCAUGCUGAAUCACUGGGCUAUGACUCCGUCUGGACCGCAGAGGCCUGGGGCGGCGAUGCCGUCACGCCUGCCGCCUGGAUACUUGCUCAGACGAGCAAAAUCAAAGUUGGCACCGCGAUCAUGCAAAUGCCCGCACGCACCCCGGCAAUGGCGGCUAUGACCGCUAUGAGCCUCGCCGAACUAUCCGGCGGCCGAUUCAUAGUGGGUCUGGGCGCAUCAGGUCCUCAGGUGAUCGAAGGCUGGCAUGGCGUACCUUACGGAAAACCUGUCACCCGUCUGAAAGAAUACGUGCAGAUCAUGAAAAAAAUCUUUGCGCGACAGGAAAAAGCCACCUUCGACGGAGAGAUUUACCAGCUGCCCUAUAUCGGCCCAGGUGCAACGGGGUUAGGCAAACCAUUAAAGAGUAUUCUGCACUGUGAAGAAGACAUUCCAAUUUUUGCAGCCAACAUAACACCCAGAGGUGUGGCCGCAGCAGCAGAGGUCUGUGAUGGGUUUUUCCCAAUCUGGAUGGAUCCCAGCAAAUAUUCUGUUUUUAAGGACCCUAUCGAACAGGGUUUUGCAAAAGCGGGAGAUAAGAAUCUGACCCAAUUUGAAGUCUCACCCUUUGUGACCGUGAUCAUGGGUGACGAUGUAGAGCAAUGCAUGAUGCCGAUACGCGCAAAUAUGGCGCUGUACAUCGGCGGCAUGGGCGCGCGUGAUAAAAACUUCUAUAACAAUUAUGCCAAAGCCCUGGGCUUCGAAGACGCGGCUGUGAAGAUUCAGGAUCUGUUCCUGGCGGGCAAGAAAGAUGAAGCCGCAGCCGCAGUACCGGCGGAACUGAUUGAUGCCUGCCACCUGGUUGGACCUGCUGAGCGCAUCAGAGAGCGUCUGGCGCCCUGGAAAGCCGCAGGCAGUAAAGGACACGUCGCCUCUAUGUUACUGGGCAGCCAGCAACCCGAAGCACUGGAGUUGAUUGCAUCGGAGAUGUUGUAG